AUGGGCUAUUUUAGGCUCAGUCCCUUUCGGGGCGACCGAGGUUUAGGUCUUUCUUCCAGGCUGGUGGUAAAGGAGGCGCGUAUCCCAGUGGAGUGUUCAGAUGAUGAAGAAGUGGAACAAGAUCUAUUUGAUGGUUUGCCACAGAUGGUAUCUGUAUCUCGAGAGCCGGGGAAUGACCUUGUUAAAUCGGUGCUGCUGAAAGCGGAGGGAAAGAGAAAGAUCCAUAUCGGAGGCUCCACUGCAAAAGUCCGCCGGCAGAACCCCAUGGCGGCAUUCGUGGUGAACACCCUAAAAGGGAAAGUAACGAACAUCGACCUGGAAGUCUGUGGACACUUCAGAUUAAGCUCCUACAACAGCGACCGAGGCACGAGCAUAAGCUCUCGUUUAAUUGUACCCGCCGCCAGACCACUCGCCAAUGAAAAAGAAUCCACAGACGAAGAUGACAAGAUCCUAAACUUUCUCUUCGUGAAGAUUUGGAUUCUCGAGCGGGAAAUAAAGAAAAAGAGAUUACACAGUAAAGGAUCGCCUGUUCGGAUAAUGGACGUAAGACUUCCUUCGUCGUCUUUGUAA